GCCAAUCCAAGACUCUCAAAUAUAAUGGCUAUUGACUCCAUUGCGCUGACAAAGCCUUCCUGGGCCGACGAAGUUGAAGAGGAAGAAGAUGCCUUCCAACCAAAGGCAUUUACCGAUGAGAACGGCAUCAAGACCAUUAUCGAAUACAGAGAGAACGAGGAUGGCAAAAAAGUCAAGGUCACUCGUAAGAUUCGCUCCAAGCUCGUCACUGAGCAUGUCAACAAAGCCGUUGCUCAGCGUAAGAAGUGGAGUAAAUUCGGUGACGAAGAGGGAAACAAGCCUGGACCUGAUAUGGCAACAACUACAAUUGGUGAGAACAUCCCACUCAAGCUCGGAUCCAACACCGGAAAGAACGUAGAGGCUGUUGCAGCAGAGGAGGCACACGACAAAGUUGCCAGUCAGCUUAAAGCAAAGAACAUCAUGUGCCGUAUCUGUAAGGGCGAGCAUUUCACAUCCAAGUGUCCCUACAAGGAUACUCUGCAGCCCCUCGACGAGAUCGAAUCUUCCCUCGAGGCUGUCAAGCUCGAAGGAGAGAUGGAAGCUGGCGAAGGUGGUCUCAACAAAUACACACCCCCUCAUCUCCGAAACAAGGGUCCUGGAGGUGCUGGCGAAUCUAUGCGCGAUGCUAAGCGUGAUGAUAGCGCCACUCUCCGUGUCACUAACUUGUCUGAGGAUGUGACCGAUAACGACAUAUACGAUUUAUUCAAUCGCUUUGGUAAUAUUGCCCGUGUCUAUCUUGCACGCGAUCGCGAGACCAGUCUCUGCAAGGGUUUCGCAUUCGUUUCCUUCAGUGACAAGGAUGACGCAGAAAGAGCCCAGCAGGCAAUCAACGGUUACGGUUACGACAACCUUAUCCUCAGAGUUGAAUUUGCUCGCAGUACAUAACUUCCCAAUAGUAUUUACCGCUUUUAGUAUUCAAUCUUUGUUUGCAAACCACCCUAAAUUUGCAUAUAUGGCAUGUAAAAAGAAACUCAGGGUUCGCUUUUAUAGAUACGAGCAGGACUUUUAUUUUUAUUUUUUUAUCCAUGUAAAAACGUGUGCUAGUGUGUGUGUAUGUAUGUGUAUGUGAGUGUAUGUGCGGUUGAUAUUUACUAUAAAAAACAAGGGUAAUGUUUAUAUAUUGUGCCUAUUGGUUUCAGGUCUUUUAAUGGAGCUGGAUCAAUACUAUGAGGGUGCUGAUACUUAUAUUUUGGUAUCCGUUUUUUGAAAGAAAGGGAAAUAAGAAACAUCUUAA